AUGACCGUCAACCCACCACAAGAAGGGCUAAGUGGAAGGAAAAUAAUAUACGAUGAAGAUGGUAAACCUUGCCGAUCAUGUAAUACUCUACUUGAUUUUCAAUAUGUAACCGGUAAGAUUUCCAAUGGCUUAAACAAUGUUUCGUCUAACGCCACGCUAGCAAACACAGCGGCUGCGACUGCUACAUCUGUAGAUUUAAUACCUGGCUCAAGAACAUACAGGAAAGUCGAUCCUCCUGAUGUGGAACAACUUGGGCGGUCUUCAUGGACACUACUGCAUGCUGCUGCUGCCAGCUAUCCUGCCAAACCCUCAGAUGAACAGAAAGGUGAAAUGAAACAAUUUUUGAAUAUCUUUUCACAUAUUUAUCCCUGCAAUUGGUGUGCGAAAGACUUUGAAAAGUAUAUAAGGGAAAAUGCUCCACGAGUUGAAUCAAGAGAAGAGCUUGGAAGAUGGAUGUGUGAGGCUCACAAUAAAGUCAAUACAAAAUUGAGAAAGCCCAAAUUUGACUGUAAUUUCUGGGAAAAAAGAUGGAGAGAUGGCUGGGAUGAGUAA